AUGCGGUGGCGUUUCCUUGCAGAAUUGUCUUGUCACGUGCGCCCUUUUGUGCAGCAUUUAGUCGUCGAAGACGGCGCCAUGGCUUCUGGGAUUCUGCGCAUUUCGGGCAACUCCGCUCACUCUGGACAUGAACUACUUCAUGACCUUCCGGGAUCUUUGACAGUGCCCAAGGGCAAAUCUUCCAGCCCCGAGAGCAGUUUGAGCCUGCGCAGCCGUUCGCACUCCCCAUCAACGUCUCCCAGAGGAGUCAAGAGCGGGCUGCUUCAUUUCCGAGCGUCGCUCGUGGAGUCUCAGAGGUCCAUCUUGCGGCAGCUGGAUCAGAAGAUCCAGGAAUUGGAGAAGGUGCCACGGACCUACGAGGAGGAUGUCCACUCGAAGAUCUUGCAGGUGCCUUUCAGUCCGAGCGCAACUUUGGGUCCGGCUGGGCCGAAGGACGAGCCCAGAGUCCUGGAUGCGAAGUCGGAUGCCAUGACCAAGGUGCCCAGUAUGCCUCUUCCUGCAAUUGGAAGUGAAGAAGAAGAGAGUGAUGAGGAACUUGCACCAGGCCAGAAGCCGCAGAUCAAGCGCCAAGUAACCGACACCUUCACAGCGCUCAACGGUGUGGACGAAAAGCGGAAGAAGAAUGUGGUGUGGAUUCAAAAGAACGCCAGAGUCAGCUUGAUCGAUGAGACCUAUGAAUCCCAUGCUCCAGGGGUUGCUUCUUUGUCGCGACAGUCCAAGCAUGUGGCGGCCAAGGAAGCAAGAAGACGCUUCGAGAAUUCCGGAGUGUUCGCCACACUUACAGUGGAACACGCCGAGCAAGUUGUCGCAGAAAGCGCCUUCAUUGGGUAUGGAUCAGACAUUGAUGUGAUCACUGAGACCCCCACGACAUGUGAGAGGAUCGUGCGGCACCGCUGGUUUGAGCGAGCUGCAAUGCUUCUAACCUUGUCCAACGUGAUCUAUAUCUCCAUUGAUGUUGAGUUCAACUAUUCAGGGAUUGUCACCCGUGCAUCUCCAGGAUUCAUUGUCAUAGACAACAUGUUUUGUGUCCUUUUCUUGUCGGAGCUGCUGAUCCGCUUCCUGGCUUUCCGAUCCUGCUUGGUGUCGUUGAGAGAUCCAGCCUUUUUGUUCGACUUGAUUCUGGUGUCUAUGAUGAUGCUGGAGUCCUGGGUCAUGCCUCUCAUUGAUCUUAUCUCAGGUGAUGGCUCCGAUCUGGCAGAGACCUCGUCCAUCCUGCGGAUCGCGCGGGUGAUGCGGAUCCUGCGGACUGCGCGGAUCGCCAAGCUGGUACGAUAUGUGCCUGAAUUGGUGAUUCUCCUGAAAGGAAUGAUGUCCGCUUGUCGAUCAGUCUUCUUCACGUUGGUACUCCUUGUUUUGGUCACCUAUGUAUUCAGCAUAACGAUCACAGAAGUGAGCCGCGGUACCUCUUUGGAGACGGAUUUGUUUCCUGGGAUGGGCGGCACAAUUCUAACUCUGAUUGUGCAAUGCGUCAUGCCGGACCUCGAGGCCAAGUUCAAGGAUGCAGCAGCAGAGAACUGGUUCAUAGGAGUUCUGUGGCUGACCUUCAUCAUGUUUGGUACCUACAUCAUGAUGGGCCUUUUAGUAGGUAUUCUGGUGGAGACAGUGAAGACCGUGGCGACCUUUGAGCGAAAACAGCUCGAUGUUGACUUUGCCAAGAAUGUUCUUUGGGAAAUGAUCACGGAAGGAUGUGCGGACCAGGACGGAGACAAUCGAAUUUCCGAGAUUGAGUUUGCAAGGCUUUUGGCAAGGCCAGAGGCCACCAGGGCGUUGGCCAUCCUGGGUGUGGACAUCACGGCGGCUCUGGACUAUGGUCAUUUGCUCUUCGAAGACGGAGAGCCUUUGACCUUUGCAGAGUUCAUGGAAGGAAUGAUGACCCUCCGUGGCUCAAACCAGACCACCGUGAAGGACAUGGUGGAUUUACGGAAGUUCACUGCAGAAGAGUUCUCCAGUCUUCAUAAAGUCCUUCUGGAUAUUUGCACAUUUCUUGCAAGCCAAGGGAUGCCAAGCAGCACCCUGCAUCGUGUCUCCAGUAGUGUGCGCUACUCCAGGGCGUCGCGCAUGACGCAGCAUGCCAGCGCCAAACCUCAGUGGCUGGAGCCACCCGGACCCGAUGGUCACCGGCAAACUUUUGCAGACCGGCCAACGUUUGCAAAAAAAUUGUCUGAUUAA